AUGACCUCCUGCUCCCACUCGCAGCAAUGCCAGUCCUCCCAGCCCGAAGGCGAUGCCAGCUGCCCUUACAACACUUGGAUCUCCGAGUCCCAGCCAGAGCCAUUUACCUCCUCCAGCCCGUACUCUAAUUUCCAAAGCCCGGAAAAACUGCAGCCGAGCGCAGCAAUUUCUCCUCCUCCUCCAUCCAUUGAUAUGUUUGUUCAAGAUAUUCCUGACUCUGCCACUAGCCCAACUUCAAACAACCUUUCCUCCCAGAACAAGUCCAAGAUUCAUCAGGGAAAAGAUGAUCAGAAUCUGGUCAAAAAACCUAAGAUGAGGACAGUGUUUUCUCAAGCUCAACUGAAUGUACUCAACAGUAGAUUUGUGGAGCAAAAAUACCUCAGCCCACAGCAGAUCCGAAAUGUGGCUGAGAAUUUGAACCUUACUUACAAACAGGUCAAGACCUGGUUUCAAAACCAGAGAAUGAAGUCAAAGAGAUGGCAGAAAGACACCAUGUGGCCAAAGAAUGGCAACAGUAUGGUUCAGAAUUCAUCGGCUGUUGGGGAGUACUUAAGCUUCUACUCUCCGUUCCACCAGGACUAUAUGGUGAAUCCUUCUGGAAACUUUCCAGUAUGGAGUAACCAGACUUGGAAUAACCAGUUCCAGAAUGGUGGCGAGGGCUCCUAUCAGCACCAGUGGUUUCAGCACCCCUAUCCCGCCAGUGACUUAGGGGCUACCUUUGGAAAUAAUACUGGCGAAGUCUAUCCCAUGAAACCACAGACGACUAUGAAUUUUAACUCCCCCCACACCGUCGAAUAUCUCCCAAGCUACUCCACGAACAUGCAACUGACUCACAGCAAAUCAGAAGAGGACUAUGGUUAUCGGCAGGCCAGUGAUGUUCAAACACAAUUCUUAGAUCCCAGUGGAAUACCUAUAUUUCAGUCAUAA